CCCCCUGGCGCCGCUCCACUGGCCUGUGCUGACUCGGACCCUGGAGCCUCCGAUCCUGGACUGCCAGCGCGCAGAGGCUCAGGCUUAGUGCUCAGCGGCCCCCUGGAUCCCCAGUUUGUUGGACCCUCUGAAACCAGCCUGGGCGCUGCUUUGGGCCCCCGGGUCUUGCCCUGCGGCCCCAGUCCACAGCACCACCGGACCUUGCGCUUCUCCUACCACCUGGAGGGCUCACAGCCUCGGCCUGGGCUGCACCAAGGAAACAGAAUCCUGGUUAAAAGUUUGUCCCUUGACCCUGGCCAGAGCCUUGAGCCUCAUCCAGAGGGCCCCCAGAGGCUUCGUUCAGACCCAGGCCCUCCCACUGAAACCCUUAACCAGCGUCCUUUACCACUAAAGCGAGCACCAGGCCCAAAGCCACAGGUCCCCCCAAAACCUAGCUACCUGCAGAUGCCCCGGAUGGUCCCCUCACCUGAACCCAUCCCCCCUCCACCAUCACGCCCACUGCCUGCAGACCCCCGAGUAGCCAAGGGCCUGGUCCCCAGGGCAGAGGCCAGCCCUAGUUCUGCAGCAGUAUCCUCAUUGAUUGAGAAGUUUGAAAGGCCAGCCCCUGGCCCCAACACAGGUUCCCCAGAGCCAGCCAUGUUGCCACAGCCACCCCCGCACCCACCAGUGCCCCAGCUCCCCGAGAGUGAGGCAUCCCGCUGCCUGUUCCUGCUGGCUCCUGGGCCCCGAGACGGCGAGAAGGUGCCCAACCGGGACAGCGGCAUUGACAGCAUCAGCUCGCCGUCCAACAGUGAGGAGACCUGCUUCGUCAGUGACGACGGGCCCCCCAGCCACAGUCUCUGCCCUGGGCCUCCUGCCCUGGCCAGUGUGCCUGUUGCUUUGGCUGACCCCCACCGGCCCAGCUCCCAGGAGGUUGACAGUGAUCUGGAGGAGGAGGACGAGGAGGAGGAAGAGAAGGACAGAGACAUCCCAGUGCCCCUGGUGGAGAGACAGGAGUCUGUGGAGCUGACUGUGCAACAGAAAGUGUUCCACAUUGCCAAUGAGCUCCUACAAACUGAGAAGGCCUAUGUUUCCAGGCUCCAUCUCCUGGAUCAGGUAUUCUGUGCCCGGCUGCUGGAAGAAGCUCGGAACCGCAGUUCCUUCCCAGCUGACGUUGUCCACGGCAUCUUCUCUAACAUCUGCUCCAUCUAUUGCUUCCACCAGCAAUUCCUGCUGGACCGCUACCCCCGCAUUGGAGACAUCCUGCAGAAGCUAGCACCCUUCCUCAAGAUGUAUGGCGAGUAUGUGAAGAACUUUGACCGGGCUGUGGAGCUGGUCAACACCUGGACAGAGCGUUCCACCCAGUUUAAAGUCAUCAUUCAUGAGGUGCAGAAGGAGGAAGCCUGUGGCAACCUGACAUUACAGCACCAUAUGUUGGAGCCUGUGCAGCGCAUCCCCCGCUAUGAGCUGCUUCUCAAAGACUACCUGUUGAAGCUCCCCCAUGGCUCUCCAGACAGCAAAGAUGCCCAAAAGUCUCUAGAGCUGAUAGCCACAGCAGCAGAGCACUCUAAUGCUGCCAUCCGCAAAAUGGAACGAAUGCACAAGCUGCUGAAAGUAUAUGAACUGCUAGGGGGUGAAGAGGACAUUGUCAGCCCCACCAAAGAGCUCAUAAAAGAAGGCCACAUCCUUAAGCUGUCAGCAAAGAACGGGACAACUCAAGACCGAUACCUCAUACUAUUCAACGACCGCCUCCUUUACUGUGUGCCCAGGCUGCGGCUCCUUGGCCAGAAGUUUAGUGUGCGGGCACGCAUUGAUGUAGAUGGCAUGGAGCUAAAAGAGAGCUCCAACCUCAACUUGCCUCGGACCUUCCUAGUGUCAGGAAAGCAGCGCUCCCUGGAGCUCCAAGCCAGGACUGAGGAGGAGAAGAAAGACUGGGUCCAGGCCAUCAACUCCACCCUCCUGAAGCAUGAACAGACACUAGAGACCUUCAAACUGUUGAACUCAACAAACAGAGAAGAUGAAGAUACCCCUCCCAACUCUCCAAACGUGGAUCUUGGAAAGCGGGCACCUACACCCAUCCGGGAAAAGGAAGUCACCAUGUGCAUGCGCUGCCAGGAGCCCUUCAAUUCCAUCACCAAACGCAGGCACCACUGCAAGGCCUGUGGGCAUGUGGUUUGUGGGAAAUGCUCAGAGUUCCGGGCCCGCCUCAUCUAUGACAACAACCGCUCCAACCGUGUGUGUACCGACUGCUACGUGGCCUUGCAUGGGGUAUCUGGAAGCAGUCCAGCCUGCAGCCAACAUACACCCCAGCGCCGGAGGUCCAUCCUGGAGAAACAGGCCUCAGUGGCUGCAGAAAACAGCGUGAUCUGCAGCUUCCUGCAUUACAUGGAGAAGGGUGGGAAAGGAUGGCACAAGGCAUGGUUCGUGGUUCCCGAGAAUGAACCCUUGGUGCUGUACAUCUAUGGAGCCCCUCAGGAUGUGAAAGCUCAGCGCAGCCUGCCCCUCAUUGGCUUUGAAGUGGGGCCUCCAGAGGCAGGGGAGCGGCCUGACAGACGGCAUGUCUUCAAGAUCACCCAGAGCCACCUAAGUUGGUAUUUCAGCCCUGAGACAGAGGAGCUACAGCAGGGAUGGAUGGCUGUGCUGGGCCGGGCAGGUCGUGGGGACACAUUCUGUACAGGGCCCACACUGUCUGAGGACAGGGAGAUGGAGGAGACACCAGUGGCAGCCUCAGGAGCCACUGCUGACCCCCCUGAAGCUCCCCAGACCCAAGACUAGACCUAGAGGGUUUGGGGAGAACUAGGAGCCCCCACCCCACACUCUAGCUCCCUAUGUCCAAUUUGGGGCUCUAGCCCUCUUCCUCCCAGCUCAGUCAAUACUUGAACUCCCAUCAUGGGCACUUUCAAUCCUGAAUGCUGGGUCUUAGGUUUUUUAAUUCAUCUUUUCACAAACUGUGGGGUUUUAAAAGAAAUAUUCCUACAGUGAUAUUAACUUUUUUUUUUAAUCCCUGUCCCCAGGGAGAGUGGGAGCUGUUGCUAGACCCACCUGAAUUAGGCUGUUUUCCCCUAUCCCUCAACAUCCUACAGAUCCUAUCUCCACCUGAUUCCCCCAAAAGCACCAGAGGCAGAAAACCUGGAUUCAAGUGCCAGCUCUGCCCCGACUCUGGGGCCCUGACCCACCCUUGCCUCCUCAGCCAAUGUCUUCAUAUCAAUGACUCCACAUGGAGUGGUGUUCAGACCAUCCUGCCUCUCCCCCAUGGCAUACAGUUUCUACCUGGUCCCAAGGCUACCCAGUAUUUUAUUGUCCAGACCCAUGGCAGGGCCAAUGGGCAGGACAGGGAAAUGGGUGGAAGGGAAAGGACAAUGGAUACUCUUUGUUUUUCUUAAAGGAAAAUACAGUUUAUUUCAAGCUUACAAUAACUUUCAGAGCACUGCUGUACUCCAUUUGUCCAAAGUACCAGGCUGCUAAGGGCAGGCCCAGAAACUACUCCCUCACUGAACUCGGAAGCUCCCAGAAGUUAGAUUCCAAGGCUAUUCACUAAUCAAGCCACAGAUUAAACAAUAAGAUAUUAUGUAUUAAGAUCUUAAGCCUCAUCCCUGGACUUAAAUGGGAUGGUAUG